AUGACUAAACAACCUAUUGCCACAACUCUUCACCACUCUCCAGCUUCUUCCAUCUCAUCCAUCGUCAACAACAAUUUCAGCAACAAACACAGAAGAAGAUCUUCAUCAAUAAUAUCUCAUGUCGACCCUGAAACUGAAGACCAGAUAAUCGACCAGAAUCUAUUUCCAAAUUUGAAUGCAAAUUGGGUUAAUUCAAAAGGUGCUUGGUGUAUCCAUUUAGUGUUGAUUGCAUUUUUGAAAAUUUUUUAUACCUUUGCCUACCUCAAUAAUAUCGCCAAUCAAUUAAUUUGGACCUUAACUAAUAUGACAUACAUAGUUGGUUCUUAUAUAAUGUUUCAUCAAGUUAAGGGAACUCCAUACGAUUUCAACAAUGGUGCUUAUGACAAUCUAACAAUGUGGGAGCAAAUCGAUAAUGGGUUUUUAUACACUCCAAAUAAAAAAUUCUUGUUUUUGGUCCCAAUAACAAUUUUCUUGGUCUCAACUCAUUACGCAAACUACAACUUGAAUUACUUUAUCAUUAAUGGUGUCUUGUGUUUAAUUGGUAUUGUUCCCAAGUUCCCUUUUGCUCACCGAUUAAGAAUCCAGUUACCUUUGUAA